AUGUUGCUCCAUUUCCUUAACCUGUCUGGGAAUUCCCUAUCUAGCCAUAUUUCCUAUCCCUUCUUCAACAUAUCAAGUCUGAUUGCUUUGGAUAUCAGAAACAAUCAGUUUGCAGGCAACCUCCAUUGGAUACGUUAUCUUGAUAACAUUAGGCUGCUUUCCUUGGGCAGAAAUAAGUUUGAAGGGCAGGUCACUCCAAACUUGUGUGAACUCUUGCACUUGAGGAUAAUCGACUUGUCUCAUAACAAGCUUUCAGGUUUGUUACCCUCAUGUAUUGGUAAUUUCUUUUUCGAAGGUGACAGGGACGAUCAAAUUUUCGAGGUAGUAUUACAGAGUUUAUCGUACCGACCAGCUGUCAAUCUUCAUAACUUGAGAGGUUUCAGCUUUACUACCAAACCAAGUCUUUAUGACUUGAGGGGCUUUAGCUUUACUACCAAAGGGAAUCUGUACACAUAUGGUCAAAGUUUCUUCGUUUCAAUGUCCGGCAUUGACCUAUCUGCGAAUAUGCUGCAUGGAGAAAUUCCUUGGGAGCUAGGAAAUAUGAGCCAUAUAAAAUCUCUUAACCUGUCAUACAAUUCCUUUGUUGGCCCGAUCCCGAUGACCUUUGGCGGCAUGGAGGAGAUAGAAAGUUUGGACCUCUCACACAAUGAGCUGAGUGGACCAGUACCUUGGCAGCUAACGCGGUUAUGUUCAUUGGGGGUGUUCUCUGUGGCAUGCAACAACUUGUCAGGAUGCGUACCGAACUCUGGUCAGCUUGGCUCAUUCGGCAUGGACAGCUACCUAGCCAACACCAACCUCCACAUGAUUACACAGGGGAACAUGUGCACUCCUGGUCCAGAUCCCGUGGCGGAGGAAGAUCUGGGUGAGAUGUCUGGUGACCCAAUCCUAUACAUGGUCAUGGCUGCCGGGUUUAUUUUGGCAUUCUGGGCCACUGUUUCUUUUUCAUUAUUCCAUCCGUACGGGAGGUCUGUAAUGUUCAAGCUGUAG